AUCUCCCCAAAAUAUCAAGCAUUCUGCGUCUGGAAAAUCCGCAUGGUAGCCCGCCGCCUCCAAUAACAGGUAGCAUCACAGAUAUUUGAUCAAACGACCUGUGCAUCCUCGCACAUUUAUCCCCACCUGCCAAGGCGACACGAACAAAAAGGAGGAAAAGAGGAAAAGAGGAAAAGAAACGGAAAAAAAGAAAAAAAAGCAUGACGACCAAUACGCUUGUCAGGGGGCCAAUGUCCCUCCGAAGUGCCCUCAACUCAGAUAAGGCGUUGCCGCUGGUCACUGAGGAUAUCACGGCCGACUGGCUAUCAGAGGCGCUCGGCGUCCCUGUCGAAGAAAUCAAGCAAGCAACUGUGGUGCAUGGCACGUCAACCAAGAUUUUCUUAGACAUAACCUAUGCAGACGGUGUGCAGACCGAGAUACCGACGCGGUUGUGCGUCAAGGGCGGCUUUAACCCGGCCAUCCGCGAGGCCUUCCCGGAGAUGUGGGGCACGUACCGGCGCGAGACCGAGUUCUACCACCACAUUGCGCCACAGACGAGCAUGCUGCUCCCGCGAACUUGGUACUGCGGCACUGACACGGUAAACGGGCAGGGCCUGUUCAUCAUGUCCGACGUAGGUCCCGAGGCCACCUUCGGCAAUCCUCUAGAGCCUUGGACGCCGGACCGAGUCGCCGGCGCACUCCGCCAGCUCGCCAGCUUGCACGGCAAAACGUGGAACAGCAAGGAGACCGACUACCCAUGGCUUUACGGGGAGGACGGCACCAAGCUGGCCAACCCGAUGCGUACUAUUAUCCGUGCACUGCUGCGGCCCGAGCCCUGGGCGAUUCGGUUCGCGGAGGAAUGUCGACCCCCGGUGGCGCCGGAGCUACAGGACCGCGAGAGGAUGGAGCGUGCUUACGAGCUUCUCUGGAAGUACACGGACGCAAACACACGCUUUCAUGCCAUCAUCCACGGGGACAACCAUGUGGGAAACACGCUCAUCGCUAAGGAUGGCACGCCGGGCUUUAUCGACUGGCAAUGCCUCCAGCACGGCUCGGCCAUCCACGACCUCACCUAUUUCCUCACGGGCGCGCUCACCGUUGAAGACCGCCGCAAGCACGAGGUCUCUUUGAUCGAGGGGUACCUUGAGGCCCUUCACGCCGAAGGUGGGCCCAAACUCUCCAAGGAUGAUAUCUGGGACGAAUAUCGGCGGCACAGUCUGCACGGGUUUCUCUGGGCCAUGACGCCGCUCAAGAUGCAACCCGACGACAUCGUCUUUGCCAUUACGAAGCGGUACUCGGCAGCCAUUGUCGAUCAUAAGAGCCUGGAGCUCCUGGAGGCAGGCUUCUGAGAGAGAGAUGGGGGUUCCAAAUAGAGAUCAUAAUACCCCGAAUUGUCUUGUUUGUUCGUCUUGUGCAGUCUUCCCCGCGAUGCCGAUAUCUUCAUCGAGCAUCAGACGUGAUGGACCAUGAAGCACUGUGCUGUCCAGGCCGUGUGAAUUCGUUGCCAUCGUCGAACAUGCGACCGCUAUUCAAGGUCCAUACAUCUGAGUAGGACACUGCCCUUUGCCAUUCCCUGGCUAGGUUUAAGCCAGGAUUCCUCGGGUGUUGAACUGCUCCUGACAUGGUCGAUUCUAGACAGCGAAUAUUAAGCCGAUGUGCCAUUACUAGGGAGGCUGAGAAGGGCAUCAAGUCGUUUUCCAUGCAUUUUUCCCCCUCUCUGAAGGUAUCGCCUCGUCGUCCCUUCGCCCUUUCGCCGUAGGGAUCGCGAAAGAAGAAAGGGAAAAAGGGACUGACGUGGAGCGGAAGGAACCCCGUAGUUGAGUUGGACACGCCGCAAACUGAUCGUCC